AUGGAGCAAAGUCGGAAUAUUGAUAUUCAAAACAAAAAUGUACAGGAUUUCAGAGAUGAGUUUGCGGAAGAAACAAUGGUCGAGAUGCUUAGGUUAUUAUCCGACCCAUCCCAUCUUAUGAAUUACUCCAACAAAGAGCAAGGUACGCAGUUUGAACUGCGCCUGAGAACCUUUGUCACAUUUUUGGAAAAAAUUUAUUAUUCUCCAGCAGCUUUAAGUCGAAAGCUCAAAGAGGAAAUCUCAAAAAACCUGAUAAAAUGCGCCGAGAUUUACUAUUCAACAUUGAAUUUAGAAGGCAAGAAUAUUGAUAUGCACCCCUCCCCCCACAACUACAAUAUUAAUUUUUUAUUGUUUCAUAUUCGAGACACUUUACACGAUAUGUGCGAAGAAAACUUCGCAUCACAAGAAUUGGUAGAUUAUGUAAAAGAGCAAAUCCUGAAAAAUGUUAAACCGGAAAAUAAAAUCUCGGACGAAGAUAGAGCCGCACCUGUUUUUAUCGUGAAAUAUAGGAAUCCCAGUAAAUUCAGCUUUCCACGUUCUUAUUGGUAUACAAAUUGGAGAAAUCUCUUGACCAUUAAACAUAUCUUAAAUACAUCAAUGGAAAUAGGAAAUUAUGAAAUCAAACGUCAAUAUAAGGACAUUAUAUUUUUAGAAUAUUUAUGGGAAUUCCUGUUCAACCAGCAAGAAGCUGCCACGUCGGAACAGACACAAACAUUAAAGGUUUUAGAAAAUGCUGACGAACUGCUGAAGGCGUUAGAAAGCACCAUUGAAAAGUAUAAGUUAUCCUCGUCAGCGCAAGAAUUCCAGAAAUACUCAGAGAUAGUCCCCAAAAUUUUUUUUUGUGAUGAAACACUUUAUAAAAAUUUGGGUUCCACAACGAAAAUAGAAUCAUCUGAUGAAGUACUGAGUGAUAAGAAGGGUCAUUCGCUCCUGAUCUCAAUGGUGGCAGAUAAUUUUACAUGUCCAAUUACCUAUGAAAUUACCGGAGACUUUGUGGUUCUAGGCUGUGAUCAUUCGAUAAGUCGAUCUGCAUGUGACAAGUGGAAUAGAGUUUCUACGUUAUCCGAGAGAAGUUUCAAUUGUCCGAUAUGCCGAACCAAAAUCAAGGAAGAAAUCUACAGGCUUAGUAGAGUCCACACAUUGAAAUCCUUUUAUAAUAAACUGAUAUCCGAAGGAUAUUUGAAUAAUCUCCAGGAUUCGGAGUUCGAGGAACUGGAGAACAAGGAGAAAUUAAACAUACUCAAUAUUAUGCUCUCAAAUGAUCCAAGUAAUAUAUCUGCUCUAGUUCAACGUGGAAUUACCUACCGUAUGUUAGAUGAAAAUGAGAAAUCACUCGAUGAUUUUAACGCAGCGUUGCAACUUGAUUCAGAUGAUGAAAACGCAUUAGAAAACCGUGGUGAGACCUAUAGGAUAAUGGGUAGAUAUAAAGAUUCGAUUUCCGACUUGAACAAAGUGCUAGAGAAAAAUCCCGACAGCUUAUUUGCAUUGCGAUCUCGUGGAAGCACUCUAAGAUGUCUUGGAAAAUAUGAAAAAUCUAUAGAGGAUUUGACGAGAUCAUUAGAGGCGCAGCCCAACAAUCUGUUCGCGCUUAAAAAUCGGGGUGAAUCUUAUCGUUUGUUAAAUCGUUAUGAAGAGGCACUUUCUGAUUUUAACAAAGUUUUGGAUAUCGAACCAACCAGCAUAUUUGCACUUUUCUCCCGGGGAGAAACCUACUUUGCUAUGGAUCGAAGCAACGACUUUCUAGCCGAUUUAAACAAGAUAUUGGAGCUAAAACCGAGUAAUAUAACUGCCUUAAUUAAUAGGAGUAUAGUAUAUCGAACGAUGGGUCGAUUUGACGAAUCACUUGAAGAUAUCAGUUUCGUGAUAGAAGUUCAACCUGAUGAUGCAAGGGCAUACAAAAUUCGUGGUGACAUUUAUAGGAUGCGGAAAAAAACUUUAGAAGCCAUCUCAGAUUUCAGUAAGGCGCUCGAUAUCGAUCCAAGUUAUACCAUGGCGAGAAUAUUACGUGGUUAUUCUUAUUGGACAAUAAGAAAUUAUGAAGAUUCACUUAUAGAUUACAACGAGGUUUUGAAAGUUGAACCAGAAAACGAGAUUAUCUUGGCAGCGAGGGGAAAUAUCUAUCGCAACAUGGGUCUAUACAAGGAAUCUCUCGUGGAUUUAAACAAGGCAUUAUCCAUUGAUCCAGAUUAUUAUUAUGCAAUGGAGAUCCGUGGAGCCACUUUUUAUCAGCUCGAACGAUAUGAAGAGGCAUUGGAAGAUUUCCAGGUAGCUAUCGAGAAGGAUCCAGAUGAUUGGUUUAUAUACGGAUAUCGUGGCGCAGUUUACAUCAAGCUGAAUAUGUAUGGGCAAGCCGAAAAUGAUCUGGAUAAAGCAAUCGAAUUGGACGCUAGUGAAUCGCAGCUUCACUGGCUUCGUGGAAUACUUUAUUUUCAUACCGACCGUUACGAUGAAGCGCUGAAAGAUUUGAAUACAGCUGAUGAUUUUGUACCUAAAGUAUACUUGGAUGAAUUCGAACAAUCAGAUGCACUUUAUUAUCGAGGUUUGAUAAAGCGCAAAUGUGGGAAGCAUGAAGAGGCUAUAAAGGAUUUCAAAAGAGCUGUUGAAGUCGAUCCUAAAAAUGAAAAGGCAAAAACUGAAUUGGAAAAAUGA